GGACAAUCUUUUUUUCGAAUUUCGAUUUAUUUUUUUGAAUCAAAAUUAUUAUUAUUUUUUUUGAUUAGGAAAACUGUUCAAUUUGGGAUCUUUCCGAUCCUUCCCACUUGUCUGCUGCCUACCUUUUCCUCCCCCUCUCCCGGGCACGACAGUGCAUGCCACUGCUCACUCGAUCACAGACCAAGACCAUGGACCGGAAGACGGGAGAAUCCCUCCUGGCCUACGAGGAACGCCUGGCGGCAUUCAUCCAAGACACCAACGAUAGGGCCGCCGCCGCAGCCAAGGAGCGAAGUCAGAUUGAGCAAGCAGAGGAGGCCAAGCGACGGAAGGAGGAACAGGACCGACUUCGUCAAGAGGAGGCAGACCUGCAGGCGGCAGCCGAACACCGGUCACGCCAGCGGGAACGACUGUUCAYGYGGGAGACYGUGAUCGRYGAUGAGGCCGCACAUUKGGUGGAAGUGGCAUCUGCAGACGGGGCCCYGGAGACUGAGAAAGGRCUGUCAGSCCUUGCGCAGGUCUCCCACGACCUCGUGGCCACCUGCGCUCUGYAGCAGGAGGAAAUCCUUCACCUGCAGCAGACAGUGGACCAGAUGCUCGCACGGCUGCAGGCGUUGGAGAAACAGCCAGCCGCUGUAGCAGCCGCAGGGCCUUCCAACCUUACCACCCGUGUGCAAGUUUUGGAGGAUGAAGUCAGCAAUAUCAAGCGUGUACAUCAAGAUUUCAGGACAUCGCAGCAAGCAACGAACUUGCAGUUGGAGACGCCGGUCCAGGCUGCUGCCACCGUAACGCCCGCCGCCGCAUCCUCCCGGCGCCCACCCAAACUGGAUGACAUUCCAGUUUUCUGCGAUCAGUCCAAGAUGGAACUGAUCCCGUGGUGGCGCCAGUUUACUCUCAGGCUCGACAUGCACCAUGUCCCGAACAACGAUCGACAUCCGUGCUUGUACCACCGAUCUGUUGGUGCAUGUCAAGCAUGGCUGGACAACAUCUUGACCAGCCACGGCGUAGCAGUGUCGGAACUGCACACCAAGCUCACUUGGCAGGGGUUGACUGACACCUGGCACAAGCGAUUCCAAGUGGAGCCCCCCGACCUGCAAGCGAUGGACAAGCUCAACAAGCUCCAUCAGAACACGCUGCUAAGUCAGGACAGGAUUACCGAGUUCCAAAGACUCGCCUCCACACCUGACCUGCCGCUCGCAUUCCGCGCCAUCAAGCACUUGUUUAUCAUGCGCUCUCUUCAACUUUCGUUCGAAGACUUCGCUGCCCGGCUCGUUCCUUCACUGGAUGCUWCUCAAGGACAAGAUACAUGUGCGGCUUUCUCAUCGUCCGGAGGUUCCUCCACCACUUCGUCUUCAUCGAGGGAUUCGGCAAGCGCGUUCAACGAGGAGGUUUUGGACCCGCUCACGCCCRAGGACUUCGCUUGGAUUCCUCUCCCUACGACGGGCAACCUUCCGGGGCCGCAAAGCGCAGCACUAUGCGCCCUCUUACACAAGUAUCUUUCCUUCCAUGCACCUCCAACUUCGCCGACGGUAGACGAAGUCGUGGUGGGGGACAUGCUUGGCUAUGUUGCCAAGGUGGCCCGCGAGUUUGUCUCGCAACGAUACGAAGAAAACAACGCACCGUUGCUCUACGUUCGCAUUCAGAUUGGGCAAGCGGCCUGCAACGCUUUGCUAGAUUGCGGCGCAACUCGCAACUUCAUCAGCCGGUCCUUCAUGACUCGGGCUGGCCUUGGCGCACAAGUACGGAGGAAGUCACAUCCGACGACGGUCGCUCUUGCCGACGGUAAGACGAAACAACUUUUAGACCGUUACAUCUCGGUUGUCCCGGUGUACUUUGCACCACACGCAUGUGAACCCGUCACUUUUGACGUGUUGGACACCGACUUCGAUGUCAUUUUGGGGAUGCCUUGGCUUUCUAGCGCGGACCACACGGUCAAUUUCCAUCGACGCACGCUCACGAUUCGUGAUGCAACUGGCGCCGAGGUCCCGUGUACUAUUCUUCCUCCUCGCUCUUCCAUUCGGUGCCAAGUCGUGAGUGCCAAAUCUUUUCGAGACACAUGCCGUUCCGAGCAUGUCGAAGAGAUUGGCAUCGCUUUUCUUCGAACCGUCCCGACGACCGACUCAUCGUCCACGGAUGUGUCUUCCGACCCCCGUGUGACCCGGUUGUUAGACGAGUUCGCAGAUGUUUUUGAGACACCCUCCAGUAUAGUGCCGGACCGGCCGAUCUCUCACGAGAUCAUACUUGAGGCCGGCGCCGUGCCACCAAAGGGAUGCAUUUAUCGCAUGUCCGAGGAGGAGCUCACGGUUCUCCGUGCGCAACUCGACGAUCUACUUGACAAGGGUUGGAUCCGCCCUAGCAGCUCACCUUACGGUACGCCCGUUCCCUUCGUUCGGAAGAAGAACAAGGACCUUCAACUUUGCAUUGACUACCGACGCCUCAACGCGCAAACCAUCAAGAACGCGGGGCCUCUACCUCGCAUUGACGAUUUGCUUGAGCGGUUGGGCGGCGCCAAGUACUUUUCGAAGUUAGACCUCAAAUCGGGCUAUCAUCAGAUCUCCAUCCGCCCGCAAGAUCGGUACAAGACCGCGUUUAAGACGCGAUAUGGGCAUUUUGAGUGGGUAGUUAUGCCUUUUGGCCUCACCAAUGCCCCGGCCAGUUUUCAGGCGGCCAUGACCACCGAGUUUCGCGCCAUGUUGGACCGCUUCGUCUUGGUCUACUUAGACGAGAUCCUCGUCUAUAGCCGAACUCUAUAGACGAGCACCUUCGCCGUGUUUUAGAGACUCUUCAGUCAGCCCGGUACAAAGCUAACCGC